GUGGGAAGAAAGCACAAGCUCGGGGCACUGCAUCCCCGUGUGGCUGAAGGUCAGCUGUUCCCAGGGCCAAGGUCGCUGCUCUGGCAUCUUUGAGGCGGUGCUUAACCCGCGCAGAAGCCUCUGGGCUUCAGGAGCACUGGCCCUGGCCCUGGCCCCGUCCUUCCGGCCUUUUUGUCUCCCGAGUGUUUGGAAGCCCCGCGGUGAUGUGGUCUUCCCUUCCUUUUGCUGAGAGAGCGCAACCCUCACCAUCCUGGGAGGAAAGUCCUACGGCCACGGCCAUUGUCCUGCUCACCCCUCGCUACAGAUGAGGAGAGGAGCUUGUUCUAAAAUCAGGCAGCAGUCGAGGCCCAACGUGUUCAGACUUCUGCACCCUACCCCUGGGCAUGGAACGGGAGUGGCCACAGGAAAGGAAGUGAGCUGCAGAUGGCAGAUCGGCCACAGCUCCCUAUGUCACAUUUGGAUGUGGUUUGAACAGUUGGUGGCUUGCGAUUGGCGAGACCCAGGUACUGGCUGCCAGUGUCAGGCUGAUCACCCUAACCUGGAAAUUCCAGAUCGAAAUGUUCCACUGCUGACUCUUUCGGUGCCACAAGUGCAGAGCUCCACCCUGUGGAAGUUUGCUUCUGGUCUCCUGUGUGUCCUCCGAAGCAGGAGGAGAUGCCAGAAGGCCCCCCUCGGGCCAUCACAUCAGAGGCCCUCUGGUCUGUGUCCCUGUCCAGGGUCUCAGGUUGGCAGUGCGAGUCCUGCUCUACCCACCGCGUGUCUGCAGGACGCACCUGGCUGUGCUCUGGGUGGCACCAGGAGACAAUGGGACUGUGAAAGAGGAGGAAGAGACUUCAAAAAUCCAAGGCGAGCGACAGGACACGUCCUAGUGAGUCAGCGACAAGGAUUUGCUUUCAGAUUGGCUGUCAGAGUCCUUGAAAAGCCACGUCCUCUGCCCUGGGCGUGCUGCCCUGCCAAAGGGAGGCAAACAUGGCCAUGGGGCAGGAGGAACGUCCCAGGCCUGCGGCUGGCUGCGGCUGGCUGCAGUAGAGGGCGACAAAGACAGACCCUGAGACCCCAGGACCCUGGCCAUCUCCCAGGGCGUGGCAGGGCGGUCAAGGUGUGCCACCCUCAGGGGAGGCAGGGAGUGGAGGUGUGGGAGCCGGUGCUGCCCCGCGGCCCAUUUUUCCCUGGGCUGAGCGUCUGGGGGAGGAUUCCGAGUGCACUCAGGCAGGGGACAGCGCACGGACCCUCGAGGUGCCGGCUGUGUGAGGAGCUGGGGGCAGGCAGAGCUCAUCCCCUGGGACAAGUCCGGGGUCACCUUUCCCUCCCCAUCUGUGCUCUUCAAACAAACGCUGCUUCUGCGACAUCCGCCUCGCCCUGCCGGCUCAUGGGCAGGUGCUGGUGUGUGUGUGUGUGUGUGCACGUGUGUGCAGGUGCACGCAUGUGUGAAUUGGCACCGUGCUCCACCACGGGGGUCAGGUGUCUCCCAGGGACCAGAACUGCAGUGAAGUUGAUCCAGUGCUAGAGCAGCACUUGUGGGAGUCACGCACUGCUGUCUACUGACCGUGAAGGGAGCGAGUGUUCCUGAAGAAACAGGAACCAGCCUGACUGGGAGACCCAAACCUCUAACCCCAAACUGUGCACCCAUUCACAACCCAGACCUACGAGUUUUUUAAACAGAUCCAGCGGGGAGAAAUAAGGGCCGAGGAGAGCUUCAAACGCACUGACCUCCACGUGGUCCUGGCCACCCAAGGGUGACCACAUGCCGCUCCACGCCAGAGCCCAGGCCCAGGCUUCUGCACUGCCGCAGGGCUGCCGCCCGCUUCUCCCUGUGCUGCGCAGCUGUGCUCAGGUCCUGGAGGGCACAGCAGGGAUGUUUGUGUGUGGUCUGGGUGCCGGUGGCGUGGGGCGUGGGAGUUAAUUCAGAAGCACAGAGACAAACUUUCUGGGGAGCACCGAGGUCGUCAGGUGCCAGUGGUUGUGCCCCGACACGAAUACCGAUGACUGCUCAUGCAUCGAAAGCUAUUGGAUGGGCGCCCACGAGGUGCCGGCCUGGCUCUCAUGGAACAGCGUGCAGGCCUCUCACGCACAGUCACUGCCCAGCCCACUCUUUACACCACUUCUUACACCACUGCGACACCCAGGCCUGUCCCUGUGGAGUGGCCUCAGACUUCAGGAUUCAUGCUGCACGUGAAGGAGGCAGACAGGAACUGGGGUUGGAGUCCUGGCUACCCAGCUCCCCGCCCUUGGCUGUGGUCUUGGAGGACAGAGGAGAUGUGCUCCCAAUAAGCAAACCACCUUUCACUGAGCCUGGCUGCAGCCCACGGAGAAGCCCCAGUGACACCAGGGGGCUGUCCCGUUCCUCGCAGGUCCAGAGGAUGGGCCAGGCUGGGGGCUGCUGCUUGUGUGCCCAGGAAGCAGCCUCACCGUCCACUUCUCGUCUGCAGACCUGACAGAAGGGCCACAGUUGUGCAAGGUGCGUGAACUGUCACUUCUGCCCUCGCACCCCGAAGCUUCCGAUAGGUGUUCUGUAAGCGUGGCACCCUCCCAACACUGGGCUGAGAGUGCCAAAUGCACUAUGGUGCUUGACUGGGGGACAGGAGCGCGGAUGUCCCUCAUACCCGAAGGGACAGUUCUGUGACACGGAAACUCAGAACCGUCGGUACACAGGGUCCCGUGCGGAGCAGCAGGGUUUGUGCCCCUCCGUGUCCACCUCUGCUUCUCCCCUUCUGUGGUCCUGGAGCCAAAUGUGAGGGCCUGUGCGUGCCAGCCAUCACUGUCCAGUGGUGCCCAGCUGCCUGUGCAGGGUCCCUUCCAGGGGACACCCAGCACUGUGUCCACGGGCAGACUGCCGCCAACUGCGCUAUGUCAGGCCAGGCAGCGUCCGCUUCCCAGCCUGCGGGAGAGUGAGAACGGACAUGAAAUUCCCACCUGCAGGAAGCCCAGUGACUGGAAAUGACAAAGGCGCCUAGAAGUGGAGCGGGAAGCUGCAGGAACCCGUGGCGGCAGAUCUCAGUGCCCUGUGAGGGCCUCGCCGGGGCUUCACCCUCUUAGCACCGCUCCUGAGUCUUUCACACAAGAGCAACUAAUGAAAUGGCUGCUGCUCAGCGGCGCGCGGACGGACUGACUGUCAGCUGGAAACCCUUCGCAGUUCGCAUUACUUCCUGUCAGGCGCCAGCAGUCAGCUCCGACUCCCCGGAAGGAAGGGUGGCGCCGCCGAGCCACGAGCCCUCAUGAGCCGCCCUCGUGGAGGUGUUUGCCACGGAGAGGACACGCCGGGCCCGCGACGCACACCUGGCACACGCCGUCACCAUGUGCAAAGAAUGUUUCCCAGUGUCCUGGUUGUGUGACAAGACGGAUCCACACGCUCCCCUCCGUGUGUCAGGAGAGCUUCGCGGUGUUGCCCCGAGGAUUUGUCUGAUGUCCACUCCCUCGCAGCGGUGGUGCCGUGAGUGUCUGCUGCUCCAGGCUCCGCUGUGCCACGUCUUUUCUCAUUUCCUCCGCCCAUGCAACAGCAGCGACCAGCCCGCACGGUGGCAGUUCUGCUAUAAAAUAUUUACACGAAUAUUUUCUCAUUUAAUCAAGUAACCUCGUGAGUG